AUGGCCAUCUGGCCCUUUAAGCGGCGGAGACGGCCCAGUCAACCCGGCGACACAGCCUCGCGCGCAUUGCUCUCCGAAAAGGCGAAACCUGCGACCGCGUCACCACCCGUCGCACCUGCUCCGCCCGUCCAGCGCCGUGGCAGUCGGCGCACGCAACGUCGCGCGUCGCAGCAAGGCCAGGCCAUCCCCGCGACCAGCACAGUCGAGACCGGCAAGAAACAGAACGACCCCACUGACAAGGAGAACAUCCCGAACGUACCCCUUCGCAGCCAUGAAAGCCGGGAAGAUAUCACCGCGUUGCCCAUCACGCAGAGACUCGAGCAGAGUCCUCACCUCCGACCCGUCGACCUCGAGCGACCGAGUAUCCCGUACAACUUCCGACCCCAUUCAAUGUCCCAGACCAGCGUUCAGCGACAGGAGGCGACUGUGAAGCCUCAACGACCGCAUACCCUCCAUUCGAAGAGAAGCACCACCGACUACAGCACCCCACCGAGAAGAACGUCCAGCAAACAGUCUCGUCGAAGAGAUGAUCAUAUACGAGAAGAGGAGAUUCGCGCAAUGUCAAAGCCAAUUCCCAUUCCCAAACGACCUGGCGAUGGUCCGUUGAGGCGGGAUAGCAAGAAGAUGCGGGGAGCGACAAGAGACAGUGAGGUGUCGUUGCCUCCAGAGGGAUCGAUACAUUCGGCCAUGUCUGGCGUGAUGGAGCAGCGUGGGUGGGAGAUUGGCAGCUUUGCUGUGCUCAGUCCUCGUCCGCAUGUUCGUCUGUCGGGUACGCCGCAGUAUGUGUCGAGCAGCCUCCCUCCCAGCACGUCUGGUAUUCUGUACCGGAUUGACUCGACAAGAGCGAAGGAAAAGGAUAAAGCUCCAGCGACAAGAGAUUCUGCCCGAAAACGUAGGACCGUCGGGCAGGAAGCAGAUGAGUUGGAUGCGAGUGAUAUCAGAACGAUCAUGGAGCGAGAUGCGAAGAGGAGAGAGAAGAAACAGCAGGGCAGGAUGGAGAAGUUGGAGAGGAAAUUGAGGAGUAGAGAAGGUCGCAACCGAGGGGAUAGCGAUCUGAGGCGUGAGGAGAUGAAGCGGGAGGGUGGGACUGUGGCAGAGCAGAUUCAAGCUCGUGGAGCCAUCAGUCCGCCGACUGCUGUUCAUCCUGCGUUGCGCAAUAUACCUGCCGAAGAAGAAGAAGAAGCAGUUGGUCUUGGGAUUGGAAAAGCGCCACCACCUGUCGAGCCCAUGGACGUUGAACGACAGCGUGCACCAGAGGCCGCGACGAAUACCGUUACACCGCAGAAUCCCUUCACAGAUGCCGCUCAGAUACCCGCAGCCACUCCACGUACUGAACGACCGGCAAAUGCGUCUGGCACAUCGUUACCCAUGGAAACUCCAAUGGAGGAGCCGGAAGUACGGACGGCACAGGCAGUGCAGUACUCCUUUGCGAACACGCCACCUCUUUCGCCAAUCUAUGCCGGACGAGCAACAUCCAGCGCCUCGCAACUGGACGCACCCGCUCAACGAAGCAUCGCCGAAGCAAGUACACCUCUUCCACGACCGCCUCCGAUCGUUCCAGUCGAGCGAAGAAGUUCGGAUCCACCAACAGAGAGGCGUGCAGGAGCUUGGGCUUCUCUUUUCAAACGUGGAGGCACAAACCGACGCAAAGAUGGAGCUGCAUCACCUUCAGAGUUCUCCUUCUCCAACACUUCGCGCGAGUCGAUGAGAAAUCAGCCACUGCCCGCGCAUCUCGUCGACACGCAAGCACAUCGUCCACCGAAUGCGCGAUCUAAAUCUGGUACUCCCGUUCGAACUCAGAGCAAGUUUAGAGAGGACUUGCCAGAGAUGCCCAUUUCACCUCCCGAUUCUCGAAAUCAAUCGCCUGAUGUGACUACCAGUGCUGCAGCAAUGGCGGCUGCGAGGAGAGCAGGGAGAGCGACGCCACAGCCAGUCGACAUACCAGGUAGAAUGCGUGAAUCCGAUCGCAAUGACACUCCCGUCAGCCAGACUCGCAGUCCAGGAGGUGCAAUCGCCGCAUCGCUGGCAUCUAUCGAUUCAGAAGGCGAGUGGCUUGCAGGUGGUCCUACGAAGAGGCAGAGUCAACAGUCUGGCUUGAGUAGAUCGCUCAGCAAGAGACAGCAAGAAUUCAGCGCCAGCUACGAAGAGCUUGGUGGCGACAAAGAUGCCGAGUAUUUCAGUCAGAACCGGUCGCGCAAAGUCGGCAGUCCAGCAUUGAUGGCUGCGAGUCCUGACGAAGAAAGCGAGGAAGACAUGCCCAUCGAUGCCGCUGCUGAAGGUUCAACUGCUCCUCUGAAAGUGCACGAGAGUGUGAGAAGGCGUCCAACGCUCGUCGAGCGCAAUCCUCGACUGAAAUCCCGCGAGGGCUUGGUGGGUGAAUAUGCUUCAGCGGAAGUUGUCGACACCCCCGAUGGAAGCACGGACGAGGAACCCGAUUCGCCUGCACCUCAGCUGGAACGAGCGACGAGUGUGCAGUAUGGAAGUCGACACUCGAGGCAGUUUUCUGCGGGCAGUGCCAAGCUGCUGGAUGUGCAUAACAAGAGGACCUCGACACCGACCCCUGAGCCUGGAGCGUUCCCGCAGGAUCCGUCGUGA